UAUUUUGUACAUUGAAACCGGAAGUUAUUAUUCACGUGCGUUGACAGCGAUGUUCCUGAGGUGAUGAAGUUCCGUUUGUAGCAUCAACGUUAUGGACUGAACAACGUUUGUACUUCAACAAAUGUCAUUGACGGAACACUGAGCGAGAAACGGGUCGAAAUAUAUCAAAACAUCAUCACCUGACGCUAACGGGCUAACGUGCUAGCGGGUGGAGACAUGAACACGCCGCUCGGCAGAAACGGCUUCAUUGGGAUUGCUGUUGCAGCCACAGCUGGUUUGGGCCUGAUUGCCCUCAUCAUUUACAGGAAAAGAUGCCACAGAGUGGAGCUGGAGGUCCGAACAUGUCACCGGCUGAUGGAGCAGGCAGAUGGAGCUGCGCUGCUGCAGCAGACGCUGGAUGAUCAGGAGGCAGAGGCCCAGCAGCAGGCUGUGGCAGCGGUGGAAGCUGCGGUCCAGGGUCUGUCACCAGAGCAGCAGCUGGAGCUCAGGAACCAGCUGGACCAGGUGCUGAGCUGCGUGGCCUCGCUGCGCUCAGAGGUGGCUGAGUUGAGGGGAGGUCUACAGGACAUCGCCCUACAAAUUAUCCAGGAUGUCAAAAGGGGAGUGGAGGACAGUCAGCGUGUCCGUCGCCGUCGUCAUGUCAUCCACAGAGAGCGCACAGAUUCAAACAGCUCCAGCUCCAUUUACUUCACUGCCAGCCAGGGUUUGACCAGCACCUGUGAGGAGACCAGUGAAGGAGGGUACUCCACAGCAUAUGCUGAGUCAGACUACACAGACCGUGACACAGAUGGAGAAGAGGGAAACAAAGAGCCCGAGCAGGAGUCUGAGGAAGAAGACGGGAGCUGUGCUACAGUCCUUACCCUACGCCAGGAAGACUCUCAGGAAGAAGAGGAGGAGGAAGACGGCGAGCUGGAGGAGGACGUUGUUGAUGAGGGGAGGCUGCAGCUGAGGACUGAAGUUCCCAGUGUGGAGCUGGCUCUCCUCCUGGCUCAGAGUGAUAUCCUCCACACAGGAGAUGCCACUUUAAAGGCUGAGGGCUGUCGACUGCUGCUGGACAAUAGAACAGAGUAUGGAGACAGCAGGGAGUUUCUAUGGCGACUGGCUCGGGCCUACACUGAUGUGUACAAGUCCACUAAAGACAAACAACAGAAGAAGACUUAUGCACAACAAGGUCGUGAGGAGGCGGAGCUAGCCCUGAUGAAGAACGGCCUGAACGCAGAGUGUCAUAAAUGGUUUGCUGUAGUGACUGCACUGAACUACCACCAUGAAAGCAUCCACGGCAAACUGAAGACCUGCCACAUCCUGAAGGAGCAUGUGGACCGUGCCAUUGCCCUCAGAGACGAUGACCCCGUGUGUUUCUUCCUGCUGGGUAAAUGGUGUUAUGAGGUAGCCUCUCUGGACUGGCUGGAGACAAAGACAGCUGCUGCCCUCUACCAGAGCCCGCCCUCCUCCUCACUGCAUGAUGCACUUGAGAACUUCCUCAAGGCAGAGGAACUGAGUCCAGGCUUCUCCAAGAUGGUGAGACUUUACAUCGCAAAGUGUCACAAAGAGCUGGGAAACCUGUCUGAGGCCAUCAACUGGAGGGAGCUGACUGUGACGAUGAACAACGUGGAUGAUGAUGAAGAAACAUCUCAACUGGAGACUGAACUUCACAUGUUAGCUGUGAAAUGAACCUCUGGAGAUGAAGCUUUGAUCUGUUCAUUGUAUCUUUGUGAAAUAGAAUUUAUUGAUGUCUAUUUAUUUACUAGAGUGUGUAUAUGGAUUUGAUAUUAAUGUUUUUAUUUAUUCCUCGGACACUGAACAACUUUCCCUCUCAAUUUUUGCGUGAUAACCUGGACCAAUAAAAGCAUUUUAUUGUACGCUGGCUGCCAACACUCCACUCAGUGAGGAAAUUGACUGUAGAUAAUGAGGGAUUUUUGGAAUCACUACAAGAAAAGUAAUUCACUGUGUUUUGAGCACUUUAAUCUAAACGAGGUCCAUUUCUCUUGUCAUGUGCAUAGUGUCUUCUGUUCAGUCUCCUGUCAUCACCUCACAUUGUAUUUUUGAUUCUGUGAAUUUAAUUGGCUGUGAGAUAAAAGUGGAGUUUAAAUAAACGAAUGAUUUUAAAAUG